CCAGGCAUGACAAGAAGAAUCACAGGAGCAUAUGUUGCAAAACAUUCAUGAUAGUUGUUAGAAACUGUAAAAUAUGUUUCUUGAAGUAACCUAAAAUGUGCUUUAUGUGGUAACUAGUUUUAUUUAAGCCAAAAUAUUAUUAAAAAUAACCCAAUUAACCUGACGCCUUAGGCUACGCUAACAAAGGUCAUAUUUAAGGGUCAUAUUGAGUCAUAACUCUUUAGAGUAUAUCAUACAGCAAAAUAUUUAAUUACAGAGAGACAUAGUGAAAACCAAAGAGAGCACUUGAUAGUGAAAAAGUAAUCUGAAAGAAUAGUCCAUGAAUGCUACAAAUGAGUCUCUCUUGAUUUGUUUUAAUAACCAAUAACGCAGUACAUUAGACGUCUUCGUGAACAAUACAGCAGCAUUAUGCUUCAGAGACACAAAAGAAUGAGCUUAAAUUAUCUCAGGAAUGCCUAAUGCUAAAGACUUCAAGAGGGAGAAAGAGAGAGAGAAGCUAUGAAAACAGGUAGGUGGGCAGAAGCUGGAUGAGUAUGCAGUAGGAGCUGAAGGCUUUGCAGUCCGAGCCGUUAAGCACACUGCUAUCUCUGCAUCUCUUGCACACAAACACACGCUGCCUUCAGAUAAUGGGAGAAAAGGCAGCGUCGCAGCAUUAAAGAAACGAGGACUGCUUGGGAGGGGGGACACUCUCUCUGGCUUGGACCAUGAGCAAUGAGUCUGCCAUAUGGAGCACACCAGAAUCCACCACCGAAGCCCCAUUGUCAUCAGGGACACAGAAUGGCUAUGUCCUCCUGCUGGUCCUCUUGUCCAUCUUUGUUGGGGGGACACUGGUCCUGCUCUCUGUCCUUCUGAUUGUCUGUCGCCGAUGUUGUGAAGGGGACAGACGCCAUGCGUGGUUCAUUGUUUGCCUCAGGGCUAGCGAUGACACCGAGAAAAGUAAUACCACCUAUAUUGAGGAGGCCCAACCAGUACAUGAGAUUACGAUUCGCGUUGAUGAGUCAGACUGCCUGUCGGCAGCCAGCUCCCACGACAUGGAGACAGAGCGUUUCCUCUCCACGGGCACAACCGGCCGCCGGGUCUCCUUCAACGAAGCAGCACUCUUCGAUCAUAGCAAAAAAACACAGGAGAAAGGUCGAAGGUACACGCUUACAGAGGGUGACUUCCAUCACUUGAAGAACGCGCGGCUCACCCACCUCCACCUCCCUCCACCCGCCCUCCAGAUACUCACCAUCCACGAGUGUGAGUCAUCAGAGAACAGUAUUGCCAUGACAACACGCCCCGUCGCUAAAUCCAGCCUCUCAAUUUUUCAGCCACCAGUAUGUUCACUGCCCCAGACUGCCCUGACCAGCCGAAGUCUCAGUCCCAGCUCUGCCCUUCCUGGUGACACUCUCAAUUCCACUGUAGACACAAUGUUCUGUGAGAGCAUUGCAGUGGCCUGUCCUGAACCCUCCAGUCCAUGUCUAAUGGAGGUCAGAGGAGUCAGCAGGAGGGCAGACAUUAUGGGUAAUGGUAGAGAGGGUGCAUCGGCUUCAGCCACGGCCCUCUCCUCCUCUGGAGGGGCCCCACAGGGCCCCAUGCUGCAAUUCUUCACCAAGCUCCGCCGACAUGCCAGCCUUGAGGGAGCAAGUCCCUACUUCAAGAUCAAGAAGUGGAAAUUUGACAGCAGCCAAAGAGCUUCAAGUCUAGACAUGAGAGGCUCCCCCAAACGGAGGCAGUUCCAGCGGCAGCGUGCAGCCAGCGAGAGCAUGGACCAAGAGGAGCAUGACGCCCAUCACAUCGACCUCAUACAGUACAUCGCUCGCACCAAGGAUGUUACCUACUGCCCCACCCGGCCCAGUCCACGCCUUCUGUCCCCCCCUUCCACACCCCCACCCUCCCUCGGCAGGUUAGAGGUGGAGGUGAUGGUGGAGCCCAGCUGCAGCAGAGCGAUGGGUCCCGGGGUGAUCGGCCUCACCUCCGAGCCCCCAGAUGAGAGUGUUGGAAUAGGCUGUCAUCAGGAGAGCUUAGAACCUCAGACCUUGUACCGUGAUAUCUGGACUCUUCGUGCAUCCCUCGAGCGGUAUGUCUCGUCCGACCAGAGCAGCAACAAUGACAAAGACUCAGUCCGUAGUGACGCAGACAGCGUGUGCUCUCUAGGGAGUAAGACCGAGAUGGGAGGGUUGCCUAGGUACCCCUCACAGGAUAUUGGGGAUGAGAUAGAGGGGGAUGUGGACUUGCCUCUAGAUGAGGGACUGGAGAAAGGUCGUAAACAGGAUAGUGUCGAUUCUGAAAGAGGAAGUGACGGGGAGCCAGGAAACCGCAAGCUCCUCCAGAUGGACAGUGGUUAUGCCUCAAUAGAAGCACCUUCACGUGCUCCUGAGGAGCUACGACUGUUCGGAAGCAGCAGUAGCAGUAAGGAUGGCUCCGCUGUGGAGCGCAGGCACUUCUUCAGUUCCGGACGCAAAGGGACCGUGUGCGAGAGCUUCGACACGGAUGUCUUUGACGAAGAACUCGAAGAGGAACCUGCAGGUGCCACCGGCGGUGUGGACGGAGUUGAAACGGACAAGAGCACCAUGCUGUGGUCCCCUUAUGGCCAGAUGUUCACUCAGCGCAAUGAUCAACCUCAUCCCCCCAUCCUUUCCCGUCGCGACUACAGCAUUGAUGAGAAAACCGACGCACUUUUCCAUGAGUUCUUGCGGCACGACCCGCAGUUUGAUCAGCAGGAGUCCCCGCUGCGCUCCAAGCAUCGUUCCCGCGUGCACCUGCGCAAGCAGUGGCAGCGCUCCAAACAAUACAGCGACCCCGGCCAGCGCUUCCAAUCCUCUUUUGACCGGUACCGCACUCCGCUCCGACGUGGCGAAACUGUCAACUAUCCUUUAGAGACUAGCUACCACAGCACGCUCCCACGAAUCAUUAGUGCACCUGAUGAAGAGAGCAGCGAAGGUGCAACCAGUACUCCUGAGACACCCAAGGCAGAUCAGGAUACUGCUACUGAUGUGGAUCCAGACAACAUAAGAAUAUCUUCCAGCACUGAAAGCAGUGGAACCAUCAACGAAAAGGAAGUCCUUGAGGCAUCUCAGCCCCUUCCAACAACUGACAUUACUGGAGAGCAAUCGGUGGGCUGGGAGAACUCUAGGCGAGGUUUGCCACCCCCUGAGCCUCCUGAUGAAUGUACGCCUGAAUGUACAAGCUACGGCCCACAGACAAUCACAGAAGAGCUGAGUGACAAGCUAGCGGCUACCCUCGAAGAGCGGCUGUACUCAGAUCUCCGCAGGACCAGGGAACCGCCCGAGUGUAGUGCAGUGACUUUGACCUACACAUCGCCCGAUCACAGUCCAGUGUAGCAUGUGGCUCCCUUCAUCUCCUCGUACAAGAACACUUUGCAGCAACUACAGGUCCAAGGUUUUGAUCGACAUUGGCUCCGAUCUGGAAAAGGUUUGCUUUGGUAAUUUAAAUGAUGUUGAAAUCAUUGUCAUUAUGCCCUAGACAAGUGGUGUAGAGACAUUUCUUCCAUGCCCAUUCUUAAAUAAAAGGCAGUUAAGGCGCAUACCUCAUGUUGCUCAACGGACCAAUUCUUAAACAAAUGAAAUGUCAAAAGUCUGUUAUUAAAGCUCUUAAUUUAGCUACUUGUUGACUUCAAAAGCCAAUAUUUUCUCUGCACUAGGUAAUCCACUGUGAAUUUGGGUGCUAUUAGAUUAAAGAUUGAUUAUAUUUGUAAGUGCAUGAAUUAUAUUGCAAUGCUGCCUAUCUGGAUGUCUGUUCAUGACCCAAAUUAAUAAUAUUAUUAUUAUUUUUAAUUUGGAAAGUACUAGAUAGCCCUCCAUUUGGUUACUAUGUUUUGCUUUUCAUUUCAUUUCAUGAAAUACUUAAUAAUAUUUAUUAUUAGCAUCUGGGUUAGCUAAAGUAGCAAACCUGCUGUCAGAUUUAAUCAAAUUUCAGAAAAAAACUUAUAAAUAAUAAUUAGUAUAAACUGUAGAAAUUUCCUGGUAUAGGUAGAUGUGUCUAAUUAUGUCACAUAACCUGUAUUUCAAAAACAACAGCAUUAUCAAUACUAAAUGUCUUGUUUUAUUUGAAACACCAUGGCGUUGGUCCAAUUCCUAAGUAAACUCUUUCCCAGUGUUUGAAAUUUGGGUUAAACAAGAUGGGAUUAGUUGCACUAAAACACAAGGCGUGUUAGCUUGUUCCCCACCAACACAUUUGCGAUCCAUUAUUAAGUGUCCUUUUCGUUUAAUAUCGUUAUUUUAUCAUUGAAGUACUGAAUGGCUAAAACUGCCUCUUUGUGAGAUACUGUAAUUUUAUGACCAAUGACCAUUGAAUUAUUAUUAUUAUUAUUAUUAUUAUUAUUAUUAUUGUGCUUUUUAUCAUUUGUUCUGUAUCGUUGACCACAUCUGUGAGAAUGAAAAGUAGAGUGAACAAUUUUCAAGUAUAUAGUGCCAAAUUGUUGUCAGGUAAUACCAAGAUCAAACAUGAAAACACUGUAAGCAACAGUUGGGAAAGAAAAAACAGUCCUGCAAAAUACGGAUCACAGAUAUGCCUCAUAAAGGGUUUGAAUCAAGCCUGAGACAUUUUAAUGAAUUUCAUUGAGAGAAGGGCAUACCUUUUCUUGCAUGUAUUUCACAGCUCUGUGUGUACACUAGCAUUACCUUUACUUGAAGGUGACCUAGAACCUAGACCGUGAACGGCUGCACACGCUGCCUUUGGACAAAUUCGUCAUUAAGAGUCAGUUGGAGCAAAUCUCACUGCCCAGCAUAAGCCAUUGUCGUAUCUGGGUGCAAAUGCCACCAUUCACAUUAAUCCAAACUAUCCACUAUGCUAGUAUUCCUGUCUGUCAGCAGCCUCCUGUCUGUCUUGGGUUGAGCUCACAGUAUGGGUUGCGUUGUAUUGAUCAUUCUGGGUUUGAUCUUGCAAACAAAAGGUUGUCCUUGGCAGAUUCUCAGUUGGGAUGUGUUAGAAAGUCUAUCAUUGUGAAAUGUGAGAGAAAAAGCCAUUGGUGACAUAUAGAGUCUCUUGAUGUAAUGAAGCAAAGCUUGUGUAGCAUCUGCUUUGUCUAUGAAGGCUCAAAAGGUUGUGUGCCCUUUUAGGGUGAUUGUUUGAGCUGUUGAGUAGUACACAAAUGUCUACAUGUGCUAUUUAGGCUGCAGCUGAAGUGCCCUGUCCAGAAAUAAAAAGCUUUCAUUAUCUAUGUGAACAAUGGCUGAUGUGCAUGGAGUAAUUAACAAUGCCAGAGAAAAGAGAGCUUCAGACUAGCUGAAAUUGUUGAUUGUUUCGGUCUAAAUGAAAUGCACAGACCAUCUCACAUGAUUAAUACGGUGCCUUCCUGUGUGUUUAACAUUUAAAGGGAUAGUCCACUUGAAAAAUCUUAAAAAGUCCAUACAAUGAAAGACAAUGUGGUCCAAUCAGUGUUAUUUUAAUAUAAUUUUUGAAUUGCAUUUUUAUGUUUUCU